UCAAAAUUUUCUCUCCCCACAUUUCGGUGCAAAGUGUAUUUAAGUGGCCUGGCGGUCGGUGCUCGAGAACACACGCGUUUUACCCACCUGAGAAGGCUGCACUUGUCUUGACGGCCGCGGAAAUAGCAGAUACCAAAAAAGGAGAAUACUUGUCACCAUGAUACCGACCAUAACGAAGAAGUACCAGAACGUGGUGAUUAGCACGGGCAACAUCAUUACCACGGAACUGGGCCAGCGCAAAUCGAACGAGGAGCUCUACGACGGCCUAAAGAUAACGCUCCACAGUGAUCCAAAUGUAGAGCGCGUGGUGGUGGAGAAGGAGAUCGACGAGCUGCAUGGCCGUGUGCAGCGGGCCACCCAGGAGCUGACCACCCGGCUGACGGAGAACGGCCGGAAUGAGAUCAGCAUCGGUGCCAAGAUAUUCCUCAAUCGUCACUCCACAGAGUGUGUGAAAGAAGCGGUGGAGGCAGUGCUAAACAUACUCAGUGUGACGCACGUGGACAAUGUGGUGUUGGCAUACCACCCAAAUGCCGUUGCCAGCGCAACGCCGGCGGCCACAACAGGCGGAGUCCAGGCAAAAUCGCCCUGCUCCGAGGGCAUCGCCAUCAGCAAAGCCAGCAAAUGGAGCCAGCGCAACGGAGAAGAAGGAGUGGCGGAUCUAAAGAAACUCUACCAAACUCUAGAGCAGUACGCCGUUAAACAGCAGAUAACCCAGCUGGGCAUUGCCGAUUUGGAUGCGGCAGCUCUGGAGGAACUGCACAAAAGCGCUGAAGUGGCACCGACAAUUGCACAGGUCAAUCUAUCAACCUGCUGCGUGGUGCCACCGGAACUGCAGGAGUUCUGCACCGCCCACGAUAUUCAACUGAACACGCACAGCGAUCCUGAGCUUCUGCUGUCCGAGGAGCAAUUCGCCGGACUGGCGCCGGGUUAUACAAUCGACUGGACACUGCGCUAUCAGGUGCAUGUACGCUGCCGAGGCGUCCUAACCGCCAAGGGAUACAUUGUGGGCGCCUCGCGCUCCAGUAAUUAGUUUAAAUAACUCCCACAUCCAGAUGCUAGGCUAUAGUUUUAAUGUUUGUAAUGUAUGCUGUGUACAGUGGUGUACUUAUUGUUUGUUAUACAAAACCCCGAUUGAGAAUUCGGCGCCGAUAGAUUGAUUUUACUGUAAACGGUUUUUCAAAACGUAUUCUGAAUAUAAAGCGUUUCAAAAACGGCAAUCGGCAA